AUGGGUAUUAGACGGUUACUUGUUACGCCCUUUUUAUACGAUAUUUCAUACGCGAAUGACCUUUUGUUUUUAAUUGAAUAUCCUUCUUUUAGCGAUCCCGGCGGCGAAGUUGUAGCGGCGGCGGUUUCGAUCGACAAGGAGAGCCGCCAGUUUACCGGAGGUUGUUCUCACUUACCUUCUCCUUCUCUUUCUCCUUAUCCUCCGUCUUCCGCCUUCAAAUCCACAUCUUUUCCCCUCUCUCUCUCGAUCCCUGCCCUUUCCGACCAAUCACAAGAAGAAGAUGUUAUCCAGCGAGAAGAGAAGGAGACGAUCUCGAUGAGCAAUCGAGAACUGCAACUUCUUAGAGAAGCAUCAAUAGCAGGAGGAGAAGACGACUCCCUCUCGUCUUCCUCCUUCCCUUCGCUGUCGUCCUCCAAGAACGCCCGGAUCAAGUUCCUUUGCAGCUACGGAGGGAAGAUCCUCCCGCGCCCCCGCGAUGGACGCCUCAAGUACGUCGGCGGCGACAUUCGCGUUCUCGUCCUCGCCCGCUCCGUCUCCUUCUCAGAGCUCAGAGAGAGGAUCCAGGGGAUGUUCCGGCAUUGCAUGGUGAUCAAGUACAAACUGGUGUCGGAAGACCUCGACACUCUCGUGACCGUCGCCGACGAUGAGGACCUCGUCCACAUGCUCGAUGAGUACGACCGCGUCGACAUGCUCCACCCUCAGUCCCCCUCUGCCGCCUCCUCUCCCCGUUUCCGCCUCUUCCUCUUCCCUGCCCCUUCCUCCUCCGCUGCUGACCCGGCCGCCGCUGCGACGCUCGACCAGCGCUAUGUCAACGCCAUCAAUGCUGCUGUCCCCGGAAGCCCCGGGCGUCCCUCGAUCUUCAGCGUUUCUGCCGCGAUAUCCCCUACCUCCACAAUCGACUGCUCCGGCGAGUUCUUAGCCACGCACCCCGCCGCCCACGUCGUCGGCGGCAGGAUGAACCGCGUUCAGAGCACGCCCAAUCUCGCCGGCGGAGGGAUGCACCGGGUCAGCAGCACGCCCAAUCUCAGCGGAGGCGGGUCAUUGAACCCAGCGGGCGGUGCCGGCGUACAGUAUCAACAAAACCUCAGCUACCACCACCACCUGCAGCACCAUCACUUACCCCACCGCCAUUCGACUGCGGCCCCUGUUUCGCCGGUGCACGCCACCGGCAGUAGCGGGGCCUCGAGAGCGGGCCGUAAUGAAGUGUGCGGGUGCUGCGCAAUGAGGGGAGGAGUUCACUACGGCGGCGGCGGAGGCGUCGGAAACAUGCCCAUCAGGAGCGCCGGCGAGGAGCCGCAUUCCGGGAGGGCGUCGAGGAGCACCUCGCCGUUCCGUGCCGUGCCGCGGGAGCCCGUCAUCUGGGAAUAAUGGCUUUAAGAAUCGUGCACGUGAUAGCAUACGUAUCAGUUUUAUUUUCAAUAAUUGUUCGGAACCGACGGCGCUGAUCGAUUCUGAGUGCAACGGACGGCUUAUACAUUUUUUUUACUUUUAUUUGUUUUUCAUGUGAUGAAAUUGAGUGACGGAUGAUUUCCACUUGGACUAUACAAUUUAUGUUACCUGUAAAAUAUUAAAAAAAAACGAAAAAAAAUAAAUCAAAAGAGGGUCCUUAUUUUGCUUA